AUGAGACGACUUUUGAGCCAUGGUAGACAUCAGAGACGAGGCUUUAGUCGUGCAUGCUCUCUACAUCAAAAACAAACGAAACGUGUGGACACUCAAGCGGUAGAUGGGUUUAAAGAUGAACAAGUUUCCUCAAUCCAGGAAAAAACACUAUUCGAGCAGAUCUUCACGCAAAUCAUGAAGAAAGAUGAGAAGAAGAAGCUUUCUCAAAACGUUUUGAAAUCAUCUACGUCCAGCGCAGAGGCACCUACGAAUCAAGAAGAUCGAAAUGCGCAUCCAGAUGAGCAUGUGCAGAUUGUUUUCGAUAAAAAAAACUCUGAGUCUGUUAACAGCAAGCUUUCGCAGUUCUUCAAAGAUGCUGUAAGCCAAGAAAUGGAGGAUACAGGGGGACUGGCUAGAAUGACCACUGAAGAUAUUCGAAAGUAUCCUGUCUCAUUGACACCGGCAUAUUUCACCAACAAGUCGACAUCAAACGGCGAAGUACGAACUCCUGAUAUAUCACGCGUAGGGGGCCUCAGUCAAAGCCGCUCUCCGGUGGAAGAGGCGGGCCCCGAGUUUUUUAAAAAUUCAAGCUCCAGGACAAGUAACGGAACCACCGAAUUGGGAAUUUUACGGCAAAUCGAAUCAAAAGAGCGUUUGAAUGCCACACUUGAAGUGUAUUUGGAACCGCAUCUAUCUUACCUUUCAAAGCGUAUUCAAACUGAUGGGGACUGCAUGGCCGUCGUGCGCGAGUACUUUGACCAAUACCUGUCGAGAGACCCAGCUCUAGAAGCACAAUCGCUUCACCACGUAAAAGAAGCAUGUAUCGCCACACCGGAGCAACUACCUCAACCGUUCAAAGCCACAACGCCCUUUAUCAUCAGAUAUCUGUUAACCAACAAAGACUUCACAUUUCCUACUGACAGGAGAUAUGCCCUGAUAGCACUAAUUUACAACCUGUGUAAGCGGGCGGCCGAUGUAUCGCUUUAUCUCAAUGUGUGCAACGUCGAUUUCUACAACACAUUGAUAGAAUUUUCAUGGAAGAAUUACCAGGAUAUCAAUCAGCUCCGGCAAAUCGUUGCUGAAAUGACUGCAAAUGGAAUAAUGGGUGAUCUCAACACCGUUGAUCUACUUGAAAAAAUCGCCAAAACUAUGCAUUACAUGAACGAUGGGGUUGUUGACGAUACUGAAAACUCUGAACAGCCGGUGACAGUUGGCGUUGUGUGGUGCCGAGAAAAUGCUCAGGAUUUGAGCUACAUUGAAAACUACAUGAGAAAGCUGAAGAGAAGUCAAGCUUUUGAAACGUAG